CGUGAAUAUAACGUAAAAAUCAUCGCCUAGCUUUAUUUUUUCGUGUGUCCGCUCAUGUCGUCAGCUAUAAAUGACUACAAUUCUCAAUUAGUUACUGUGAAAACUACAGAAGAUGUGAAAGUGGGAUUGAAAGCAUUGGUUACUGGGGCUAGUGUAAUACUAGAAAUGACGACAGGGGGCUUGUUUAUGGAAAAUGUUAAGAUGGAGAAGCAGAGAACUUCUGAACCCUAUCCAUUCAUAUGUAGAAAUAUUUUAUCGCAGGGGAUCAGAGGAUUUGAGGCCGGCUUGUGGCCUUGGGGCUUCAUCUUAGGACUUGUAAAGGGAUCUGUUUUGGGUGGCUCUAAGGCUUAUUUUGAUACUGUGUAUCGAGACUUUGUUACUGAUAAGAAAAAGGCUGCUUUGGCCGCUGGAUUUUCUGCUGGUGCCAUUCAAGGUCUGUUUAUGUCUCCCAUCUUGUUAGCACGGACGCGCGUUAACCAAAGCAUAAGCGAGAGGGCUAUUAGUGGCGUUCGCGCCAUGUCCGUGUGGGAGGAAAUGAAGUUUUCUCAAUCGAUAUUAUAUGAAGGAGUAAAGCGUGAUGGCAUCAAAAUGUUAGCCACGGGAAUGCCCACGUGCGUGUUCAAGCGUUCUAUGGACUGGGGGACUCGCUUUUUUUUCAUAGACUGGAUCCGUAAAAGCGUUAAAGACUAUUCAGGAAACGACCAAAUGAGCAACGCACAACAGUUGCUGACGUCUUUCGCCGGCGGGGCGGCCUCCGUCACGGUCACCAUGCCAAUCGAUAGGCUCAUGCCUGUGAUCCAGGCGGCCACCAAGGGCAGCAUCCCCGUUACACGUGUUUUAAUGGACAAGUUUAGGAAGGAGGGGGUAUCAACAUUUCAACGGGGGUGGACCAUGAGGACGCUGCACACGGGAUAUCACACCAUGUUCGCCACUUUUGUGUCCGAUAAGAUUUAUAAGAUAAUAAACGAAUCAUAGUGCCAUACACCCCUGGAAAGGGUCCCUCAUUUG